AUGUUGGAUGAAUAUGAUGAGGAUGAUGAUGAGUUGGAGUCAUCAAUCCCAUCAACUCCAAUCCACAAGUCAACAUCAAAGUCAACCUCAACCUCAACCUCAGCCUCAGACUCAGACACAGACUCAGCCUCAUCCUCAGCAUCCAGCUCACCAUCAACCUCAACAUCAAGCUCACGAUCAACAUCACCAGUACCAUCUCCAAAGAAGGAACCAAAGAGAACAACAACGACGACGACAACUACUAGAUACACAACAAACACAUCAGAAGAGAAGAAAGAAGACAAUGAUGCAGUCGAUGUAGGCGAGGAGGAAGAUACAACAACACCGAAACAACCUCCGAAGAAGAAACAAAGAAGAUAUAGUAUUGGUCAUAAAGCAGAGGCCAAAGCUAAUAGACAGGGACAAUCGAAUAGAGUGAGGAAGAAGGAGAGGAUAUUGAGGACAGUCGAUAUGUACUCUGUCAAUUGGAUGUCGGCCGAACGUGCGUUCAAUCAACUGGUGGCACAGCAUCGCAAUGAAGAGGCAUUCGCCUUGAUUGAGCCAGUGCUCAACAUGCGUCCCAUCCCAAUGAGUUGCAUGCCCGGCAUCAUCCGGCUGCUCACUGAGAAGGACUUGGAGCUCUACAACAAGAACAUACGAACGACACUCUACACCAUCCCCAGGCUGUUGAAGCUAUACCGAAAGGAGGCUGUACGUACAAUCGAAUGA